AACCGUUGUCACAAAGAUCAGGCGCACGCUAAGGAAAGCAUCGGCGGGGGGACAGCAAGCAUGGCCUACAAUCCGACUGCCCAGCCGGCUCAAGCUUACGCCGUGGAGGGCGGGCAGGGGUAUCACCAACCUUCCGCACCCCAACAACCCUACGGAGCCCAGCCUCAAGUCCAUGGACAGGCGGUGGUGGCGCAGCCGUACAAUGGGCCGACCGCGCAGCAGGCGGUGGUCGGGCAGGCGGGGAACCAGCAGCAGCACGUCAUCGUUGUGCGUCAAGGAGGUGGAGGGGCAGCACAGAUCCCGCCGCCGAACCACUGCUGCAUCUCCGUGCUCAGCUUGUUUUGCUGCCUGCCAAUAGGGAUCUUCGCCGUCUGCAUGUCUUGCAGCGUCGACAGCAAGUGGCGGAGGGGGGACUUCGAUGGAGCGAACAGCGCGUCGCAUAUGGCCAAGAAGGCCGCGAUCCUCGCUAUCAUGCUCGGGCUUGUGUGGUCGAUCUUCACCUCCGUCUACGAGGUAAACGUGGACGGGACCGACGACGACGACGAUCGUUUCGGUGGCCAGUAAAACAUGCGUGUAUCCAUGGCUCCAGGCUUGGCGAGCUUCGGCACGGGGUGAGGUUGAAGCUGGGAUGGCUGCAGCCUGCUCUCUCGGGGGAGAGAAGGCACUUUGGAACAAAAGGGAUAUUUGUGAAGCGGGCGGCGGCUCUUGAAGGCGUACCCGGAGCAAGACAACACAGCAUGCUGUCGAUUUUUACAACGUGGAGGUGAUGUGACCCACGCCCCCCCCCCUCCUGACUAUUUGCGUACACCUGUUUGGGAUAACCGGCCAUAGAUGGAAGAUCCUGAAAAAAAUCCAGCGUGGGCCAGCUUUCUUGGGUAUGUAAGUUGGGUUGGGUGUUCGUCAGCUGCUGCUGCUGAACGUCGAGCGGUUCAGCACUACGUAGAUGACGGGACGUGUGUCCCCGACGCAUGCAUGCGAAGUGUGCGUGUGUAACCUUCGCGCGUAGACACCGCGUCCGCAAGUUGUGGCGUGGGGUUGCAUGGAAUGGAGGGCACAGAGCCUCUUCGCGUGUGUAUAUUCUGUUUCAUGUCCCCGAUUGUUUCAGCGUGCUUGGGUUGAUGCGUGUUGAAAAGGGCUUCAGUUUUGACGCGCAUGUUCGGCCGUGUGAUACGGAAGAGCUUUGUGUUGUGCUGCUUGUAUGUAGUGGUUACAUCAGGUGACCAGGGUUUUAGACCUGCUUGUCGAGGUGGAGUGGGAGGGGGAUUGCGGUACCCGUUUCCAUUAUUUGUUCUCGCUUUCCUGAUUUUUUCUCAUGAGCAUUUUCUGAACCACCCUUUUCCUUUGUUAUUCUCUCUUUUCCUGAUUUGAUCUGAAAAACCAUUUUCUGAGCCGGGAGUAGUAAAGAGUUUUGGAGAAGCUGCAGUGUGUGUCUUGGAGAAAAUCGUGGUAUUCACCGCCAUAGCGACGCGGAAUAUGAUCCACGACAUGGUCAGCCGAUAUUUUGCAGCAGCAUGGUGUCUCCACCAUUCAUUCCGAACCCGCUCCGUUUGAGCUAACUGUUCGGAAUGGGUGCUGAUGUUGUUGCCUUGAGUUCUUUGGGGGGUACUAUGUAGGACGGGGCGCAAAGCUCUUGUUGCUCGCGUCGGGACUCCUCUUGCAUGGUGUAGGGCACGAUUGUUGUGGCGGCGUGAUACCCUU